GCUUUAGAUCGCUUUUUUUCUGAUUUUAAUUUGCGAUUUUCAGAAAUCUACCAAUUGGAUGUGAAGCACCAAGUGAUAUCCAACAAUCUGCUGGCAUACGCCUUCACGUAUCACGAGCUUGAGAAGGUAGCCUCGACUUUCGACCUGGACAUGGGUAGCUUGCUGCUACUAGAAGCGACGAAUUUAAAUGACGCCGUUCUAAUCGGCUCCAAUAGAACGCUGUAUUUCUCUACCAAAACCAGUGCUGCUAAAUUGGUGCAAGUAUUGUCGGAAUGGAUUCUUCACGAUAAGUCAUUGGCACUGACAAAGAACGCGCUCGCCGAACCCACCGUGUAUAAUUUGGACGAGGAGAACAGGAGACGAUUUCCAGUCAGUCCGGCAUACGAUGUUCUGAUCACCCUAGUUAAUCCUGAUCCCGAGAAGUUGAAGAUCGAUUGGAACUUAAGGACAGUGACUGAAGAAUAUAUACAGCCGUUUGUAGACGAACUAUCCAUCUUGAGUAAUUUCUCGGUCAAGUCGCAGUGGCUCUAUCUACUGCCGUUGGACGUGAAUCCCAGACGCGUGCCCGAUAGCAGUCCAAGCCGCAGGCAUUUCGCCUUACGCGAGAGCGUUUUGCCGCAGCUGGUGACCCCGUUGGAGAAAAAAUUAGCGUCGCAGGUCAGUCUUCAUCCGUGUAUUAACCUGGUCGUCUACACGGUACCAUGCAGCAGCGCGCCCCUGCAUAUCUACACCCGCAGUGGACAUAAGUCGCGAACAGACAGCAAUGUGGAAGCUUUCCUCUCCCCGAGAUGGGGUGGCGUGGUUUUGAUUAACCCACCGUCAAAGGCUUGCGAAGAUGCGCGGGAGAAUGAAACCGUCACUAUUGUUCCCGAGGAGACCGCUGUAGUAGGCACGUUCUUGGCACAACUCAGAUUAUUGUUGGGCAUCCCGGAAAUGAAACCCAUCGACGGAGUGACGACGAUGCCAUUGAUGGGGCUAAAAUCGCGCGACUGGGAGAUCGAUUCUUUACUGAGGUUUCGCACCGUCGAGCAAUUGACCUCGGCGAAACUAACCCUGCAAUCAUUGGCGCGAUUGUUGAAGGAGAUCAGCAACAUCGUUAUCACGGACGUGGUUGGGAACAGGAUUAAGACUGCGCUUGAGUUGGUGCACGAAUCCGCGGAAUACCUCCGACGUGGCGAUCUGGAGCGAAGCUUCGUUCUCAGCAAGGAGGCCUUCGUCACCGCCGAGGCGGCUUUCUCCGAUCCAACGCUUUUGGCGCUUCUCUACUUUCCGGAAGAUCAGAAAUAUGCAGUGUAUAUUCCCUUGUUCCUGCCGGCGAUGAUACCGGUGUUGUUAUCGCUUAAGAAUAUACGAAGAUACUACUUUCUCUAGAAGAGUAACAAGAUAGAAAGGACGGGCCGUAGAGAAAGUAAGAAUGAUAAGGAUAGUAAACCAAAGAUCGAAUAACGAAAAUGCAUUUAUCUAAUCGAUAAAACAUGAUUACGUGUAUACAAUCGAAUGCGAUUCAAGAUUAUUUCUCGACCAAGAGGUAAUGUAUAGCAAUAAUAGACAUGUAAUUUCGUACGUUUCUUACAGUUUAUAUAUACCAAGUUUCGUGCAGUGACUGUUUAUCGUAGAAAAAGCUCUUAUCUAUGUUUUUUUUAUUUUUCAUUGCGUGUAGCAAAAAGAAUAUAUAUCUAUCGUAUUUCGAGUAUCAUUUAAUCAACGAUCGAGUCGUAUUACAUAAAGUUAGGCGCUUAAGGACGGUUGUCCGUUAUAUAGUAUUGUAUAACGAUCAUUAAGUACGACAAUAGAAUUGUAAGAAUUUUUACUCACCGGCGGCAAUGAUUUCGCAUCGAAUAUUCUCUCGCAAAGAAAAAAAAUAUCGAAAGGAAAACGUAUGAAGAAAAUGGUAAUAACUUUGUUUUAUUUUAAAGAGGCAAUGAUUCGAUGAAAUAUGGGUGUAUGAAACCACAUGUGUGCAAAAAUAUAAUAAACAAUUUCUUUCUUGAG